AUGGGGGAUUCGCGGACCUGGAUACUUGAUCUCGACACUACAGGCGUCUCAGCGCCUGAGCAGCCUGAUACCAUCUAUGAAUCUUCGACUUUCGAGCUCCGACGAAGUUCUGCACCGUACAUAUUCACACAUAGGAGGGAGUCGUUGGGCCCUAAGGAGUAUCCGAGAUAUGAUCUGCUGUAUGAGAACCUCAGCCAUGCAGUCCUCAAGUACCGGUACCUGAUACCACCAGGUACUGGCCCUUCGAUAAUGAACAAGAAAUGCGAUGCUAUCCUCAAGAAGCUGGAUCGAUUGACAAAACUUGAGCUGGAGAAGAUCCCGGAAGCAGAGCGGCCGUCGGCAUAUUACGAAUUUGAAAGAGGAGAAUGUAAAGCUAUGCACGUGCGAGAUAGGUUCACGCGUGAGGGGUUCACGCUCCCAGCCACAUGGACAUUCUACGACGAGCAGAUUCUGGCGGAUUUGAAUGAUGCAUGGGAGAGUCGCGACGAGGUUUGGGUCGAGGAUGAGGGUCAGAAGACCGCAGAACGCGAGCAUGAAGCGGAGGGAGUGGUCGCGAGCGACGAGAACAACGUCGGUGGUUAG